AUGCAUCUCCCUACAGUUUCAGACUUUAGUCUCUUGAAACGUAUUCUGCAGUAUAUAAAGGGCACAAUAUCAUUGGGUUUGCAUAUCAAGAAGGACAAAGAGUUGACACUACAUGCGUUCUGUGACAGUGACUAUGCUGGCUGCAAAGAUACCAGACGUUCCACCUCAGGUUUCUGCACAAUGCUCGACUCAAAUCUGAUUUCUUGGUCAGCUAAGCGACAGCAAACUGUUUCCAAAUCCUCGACUGAAGCCGAAUACAGGUCCUUGACGGCUACAGCACAAGAGUUAACUUGGUUGUCGUUUCUACUCAGAGAUCUUGGCAUUGAACAACAACAUGCGAUGGUGUUAAAGUGUGACAACCUCUCCGCAGUGUACCUGAGUACCAAUCCUGCUCUGCACAGCCGGACAAAGCACUUUGACACUGACUAUCACUAUGUUCGUGAACAAGUAGCCUUGGGAUUGAUAGAGACUCAGCAUGUCCCGGCUGAACAACAACUGGCAGAUGUCUUCAAGAAGUCGUUACCGAAAAAGCUGUUCACUUGCGCUUCAAACUUGGUGUAG